CGUUUCUUGCUCACCAAAGACACCACUAUUUAGGCCCCUUCUCUUCUUUCUUCCUCCUUUUUUUUUCUCUCAACUCUUUACUUUCCAAUUUUCACCCUCAUUUUUAAAACUUCUUCUUCUUCUUAAAUUUUUUAAUUCUCUCACUCAAUCCUUUUUUAACUUCUCUCUCUACCUUUCUGUUAUCUCUUAGCUGCAAUCUCUCACUUUCCAUUCAUUCAUAAGUGUCUGCUUUAGUCAAUUCUCAUUUCAUAUUUAUAAAACUAAACCCUAAAUUUAUGAAAAACUGCAAACAAACAGCAGGGUUUUAGCGUUUUUAUUUCCAGAAAUGGAACAUAUUUCAGGGUUUGAUCUUAAGGAAGAUGAUCAGAUGGAUUUACCGCCCGGUUUUCGGUUUCACCCGACUGAUGAAGAGCUUAUAUCUCACUAUUUGUACAAGAAAGUUCUUGAUAUUCAUUUUGCUUCAAAAGCUAUUGGAGAUGUGGAUUUGAACAAGUCUGAACCGUGGGAGUUACCAUGGAAAGCGAAAAUGGGAGAAAAAGAAUGGUAUUUUUUCUGUGUAAGAGACAGAAAAUACCCGACUGGUUUAAGGACAAACAGAGCAACUGAAGCUGGUUAUUGGAAAGCUACAGGCAAAGAUAAAGAGAUUUACAGAGGAAAAUCGCUCGUCGGAAUGAAAAAAACUCUUGUUUUUUACAAAGGUCGAGCUCCUAAAGGUGAAAAAACCAACUGGGUCAUGCAUGAAUACAGACUAGACGGCAAAUUCUCAAUCCAUAACCUACCCAAAACUGCAAAGAAUGAAUGGGUGAUUUGCAGGGUGUUUCAAAAGAGUUCAGGUGGUAAAAAAACACAUAUUUCAGGUUUAGUAAGGUUAAAUUCAUUUGGAAAUGAAUUAGGUCCUUCAAUUUUACCACCAUUAAUGGAUUCAUCACCUUCUACCAAAAUCAUUUCUGAAUCAGCCUACGUGCCCUGCUUCUCCAAUAAUCCCGAAUCAAUCGACACUACUUUCAACAGUAAUAUUCUAUCAAUCUCGUCAAACCCGUUUGAAAAUUACUCAAAUUUCUCAAGAAUUCCUUUCCCAAAUUCAUUCUACAAUUCUCAGCCAAAUCUUCAGUACUCAAAUUCUGGUAAUUCAAUGCAAGAACACUCACUUUUAAGGGCGUUGAUUGAGAAUAAUAAUAAUCAAAAGCAUCAGCAGAAUUUGAAAAGUGAGAGGGAAGUGAUUAGCGCCUCUCAAGAAACUGGAUUAACUAGUGAAAUGCAGCACACUGAAAUUUCUUCUGUAAUUUCAAAUCUUGAAAUGGGUAAACGGGUCUUUGAUGAUGAUGAAGCUCCGUCUACUUCUGCUGGAGUUGGAGUUGGACCCGUGGAUCUUGAUUGUCUUUGGAACUAUUGAAAGUUAUUAUUUAAAAAUAUGACCCUCAAGUUUGGAGUAAUUAUAAAAAGCACCACAAGAUGGAGAGGAUAUUUUCAAUUUAGUACUAUUGGUUUGAACUCUGUGUAUAGAUUUGUUGAAUCUUGAAAGAAAGUGAAGCAAAUAUAUAAACUAUAUUAUAUUAUUUUAUAUGGGUAUUGUAAGAAUUUAUGAAUUAUUCUCUCUUUGAGAUCUAAAGAUUUGUGAAGGGAGUGUUGUUAUUGUAUUGGUAUUAAUUAUUGUCAGAUUGUUCUAUUGAUGCAUAAUUUAAUUUGUCAUAA